AUGGCCACCUCCGCCCUGUCCAUCUGCAACCUGAGCUAUGGCAACCGCGCCUGCCUGCCCGGCUCCAGUGACUCUUGCACCGACUCCUCCUGGCAGGUGGACGACUGUCCAGAGAGCUGCUGUGAGCCCACCUGCUGUGCCCCAGCUUCCUGCCUGACCCUCAUCUGCACCCCAGUGAGCUGCAUGUCUAGCCCCUGCAGCCAGGUGACUUGUGAUCCCAGCCCCUGCCAAUCAGCCUGCACCAGCGCUUGCACACCCUCAUGCUGCCAGCCCUCCUGCUGCACCUCCUCCUCCUGCCAGCAGACCUGCUGCACACCCGUCUGCUGCACACCUGUCUGCUGCACACCCGUCUGCUGCACACCCGUCUGCUGCAAGCCCCUGUGCUGUGUGCCCGUCUGCUCUGGGGCCUCCUCCUGCUGCCAGCCCACCCCCUGCACCUCCUCCUGCUGCAGACCCUCCUCCUGCGUGUCCCUCAUCUGCCGCCCCGUGUGCAGGCCUGCCUGCUGCGUGCCCGCCUCCUCCUGCUGUGGCCCUGCCUCCUCCUGCCAGCCCAGCUGCUGCCGCCCAUCCUCCUGCAUGUCCCUGCUCUGCCGCCCCGUGUGCUCCCGCCCGGCCUGCUGCAUCCCCACCUCGGCCCAGAAGUCCUGCUGCUGA